AUGCUAUCUAGUUUUACAAAUGGAGAAAUAAACAAUGAUGGCCAUAAACACGAUACGAAGGGGAAGGCUGUAGAUAAGGAUAAGAAUAGCCUGCAGCAACAGCUGAAACUACUGCCUAAUCAAUCCAAUCCUGAUCAAGGAAAGAAGAGGAAGAAGAAGGGUAAAUUUAAAAAUAGGACUCAUUUAUUUUCCAGAACCACUAUUCACACCCCACAAUCAAAACCAUCAGAUAGUAAAGCCACAACAACGACAACAAAAGCUGAAGCAGCUUUGCAUAAUCCUUCACUAAAUGAAACCGCCAAGCAGGACCAAAGGCUACUGAAAGGGAAGGAGUUACUUGAUCAUGGAGCCAAUAACGAGGAGACCCGUAAUGUCAAGAACAGCUCAUACAAAACAUCACCAGAUAAGCAAGCCAGUAAAGUGCAAUCAUCAAAACAAGCAGUUGCAGUUGAGACACCAGUAUUGCCCUCUCAGAUACUGUUUCAAGGGAUACCCAAGAGCCCACAAGUGUACAAGUCGCCAAGAAAAGAAGUAUUAACUCGCCAAAAACAAAAUGAACAGAUACAAAACAACAAAAGAGUUGACCUUCGAGACCACUUGAAACCAAAAGAUGAAACAAAUGUCUGUCCUUCUGCUGAGCCACACCAUGAAGAUUUACAACAACCAGUGAGUAUAAUGAUGGAAGAUAAAGUAACAUUGUUCAAGUACAAAUUGCUGAAUAUAGUUGAAUUACCACACAAGAAUGACAAAUCGGGGUCCUUAUUGGCCCAUGGAGAAUUUGAAAUUUUCCAAUUACUUAAUGGCAGUGUCACUUGUUUGUCAUGUGGUGGCAAACUGUUUAUUUAUCCAUUACUUCCCAAGAUUAAAAUUUUCAGAAUAAGUUUCAAUCAAUUUCUUAUGCCAAUGUUGAAUCCAGAACGGUAUUGGAGAAUCACUAUUGAUACGGAGGAAAACAAUGUAUUGGCUAUACUUGAAGGUACUUUAGAAAGAAAUGUAAACUACAUUCAUGUUAGUGAUCUGACUGUAUCUGAUCAUUCUCCCAACGCCGAAGUAACAGAGCAAGAAAAUGGGGGCAACACUAACGAUGAAUCAGGUUUGGCCAACAGCAUAGAUGCAAAACCACGUGAGUUAAUGAAAAGUCCAAGUCCCCAAAACAAGAUUUUCCCCACGAUUAUCGAUACGGAAAUACCGGAAUCACCACCAUCAGCACCAAUUUCACCAACGCAUUCGCCAAUACAACAGUUUGAGCUCUCACCUAAAGCGACAAGACACCACGCCACAUCUCUUUUAAAAAAAUCCUCACAACAGUCGUUGUCAACCAAUGUUGCGUGUCUUGAUUGGAACAACAACACCAAUUCACAACCAAAUCAACAACUUAAACCAAGACGUUCGUUUCAUUCAAACCCAUAUCGAACAAAUAGCAGUUAUGACGACACACACUUGCUGCACAAUCAUGAAAAACCUGGUGGUAAUACAGCAUAUCAUCAAAAUAACACUGCUGCUCAUACACCAUCACAUAUUAAAACUGUUGAUGAGCAAUCGGAAGGGUCAAUGGAUUCAUUAUUGGAUGAAUUCGAGCAGAAUAUAGCCCGGACAGUAAGAAAUCCCUCAGUGUAUUCGCGACCAGUCUCGAGGCUUCAAUCAGUCACAUCGCAUCAUAAUCCCGUGCCCACUUAUUCAAGAGGGAAAUACUUCCACGGCAAUAUUGAUCGUGAUGAAGAAGAAGAAGAUGAAGAUGAUGCUGAUGCUGCUGCCGAAGUUUAUGAAGAUGCACGUGCGUUCACUGAUCGUAGAGGGGUACUACCUAACGGAAGCAGCAUCCAUGGCGAUGCAACGCGAAAUGGAGGAGAAGGAAGAGCAACAGCGUACACUAGUAGUUUGCAUGACCGUGGUCUUCAUUCAGCAAGAAGCAGGAGAUCAUCACGCAGUGAUUUGUACACGAAUGAAAGUGGCUGGAUGGAACCCAAUUUAGAUGCAAGUACCUAUCAGAAAACACCCAUACGUGGGUCGUCGAAUGUAUCAUCAUCGAGAUUACCCAAGUCACGGUCUAACUAUAGCAUAAGCAGUUCAGCCUCAAAUGGGUAUAAUUUGGGAAACAUAUAUCGGUCAGUGAUUGGACAGCUGCGUCGUGCUUCAUACUACAGUCAGUACCAGUACCAGAACCAGAACCAACCACUACCACCCUCACAUAACAUGUCACUGGCACUGCACCAGCAACUGCAACCGCAACUUCAUUUACAGCUGUACCUGCAACUGGUUAGAAAUGGUCAUUUUGAUAAUAACAAUCUAGAUGCAAGGUCAACCACAAAAUCAAUGUCACGAUUACCGACAACCAAUCGACAAUCAGAUAUAAGUAGACGAAGACAAAGUACUUAUUUUGGCUCAAAUGCCAAUCAAUCUAUAAAUGGGUCGGUUAGUGGCAGUAUACGCAACAAUAAUUCUAAUUCGAAUAGAAAUGCCAAUGCAAAUGCCAAUGCAAAUGUCAAUGUCAAGCUCAAUUCAAAUGAGAUUUAUCAGUUGCUUAGUUCUAAAGAUGAACCAAAGAGGAGUAAUGCAAAUUUAAAUGCAAAUGCAAACGCUAAUGCGAGUACGUUGCCCAAGAGUACCAGUUUCACUUCACGGUUAUUUGGGUGGUGA